CUGUGUCCGUCCGGUAACUUCAACUACGACGACGACGUUGACUACGGCGGCAAUAUCUAUACGAAUACGAAAACGUUGAGCGACGACGACGUCUGGUUUGAAAAAAUAUCUUAAGCAAGUUUAGUGAGUGUUUGGCCUUCGAGUGGGAAUGGUGUUAAACUUAAGGAAAAUAUAAUAAGAAUGGCCUUAUUGUAAAACUAAAGUGCACCACCUAUUUUUUAAAGUUGCCAUAAGUGAAAUAGUAAAAAAAAGUAGAGAAAAAUAACCAAAACAGUGACUAGAAGAGAAAAAAAAGCGGCUUGAGAAAAUAUAAAGGAAUACCUCAACGAACAUUUACAUAAACUUAAAUCUAUAUUCGUGUAGAUUCAAAAGAAAAAGGAUACAAUAUAUCUUCUUUUUUCUUUUGUUUGGAUUUACCUUAAUACAAAACCAAAAAGGAAUAAGAACACAUAUACAUACAUUCAUACGUAUUUUGGGAUUACAAAUAAUUCAGAAAAAAGAGGGAUUACAUUAUAACACCGUCCGUCAUUAAAAAUAAAGGGUACUUUGAUCAAAACACAAUCAUAGUGAUUCGAAAAAUAUAACAAAAAUGGGGAGGUUAACGGCGGCCAGUAUAAUUUGGCUGUCCGCUUGUAUUACAUUCGUUAUAUCAGAGGAUUUAUUUUCAUGCCCGAAUGGUUGGGAACUGAGAGGACUGAAUUGUUAUAAAUAUUUCAACAUAAAACAUUCUUGGGAAAAGAGUGCGGAACUCUGCAGAAGGUAUGGCGCUGAUUUAGUAGCCAUCGAUAAUUAUGCGGAAAACAAUGAUACAAUUGCCAUUGCCAAAUUGGGUGAUCCAAAUCGCCGUGCUUCUGACAAGUACUGGCUGGGUUUGGCAUCACUCGACGACCUGCGAACAAAUACCCUCGAAUCAGCUUCGGGUGCCCUUAUCUCUCAAUAUUCUGGUUUUUGGGCUCUCAAUCAGCCCGAUCCAAUGUCGGGAGAGUGUGUAGCUGCUUCAUCACAAUCUAAAAUGCAAUCAUGGGAAUUGGGAACAUGUGAAAGUUUACUGCCAUUUAUGUGCCGAGCUUCGGCUUGUCCCCAUGACUCGUUACAUUGUGCGAAUGGUCUUUGCGUGAAUCAGGCAUUUAAAUGUGACGGUAAUGAUGAUUGUGGUGAUGGUUCGGAUGAGCUGGAUUGUCCAGCAUUGUGUAAUUUCCAUAUGCAGUCGGGAGGUGAUGUGAUAGAAUCUCCCAACUAUCCACAUAAGUAUGGCGCUCUGAGCAAAUGCAAAUGGACUCUGGAAGGUCCUCAGGGUAGUAAUAUUAUUUUGCAAUUCCAAGACUUCGAUACGGAAAAGACUUUCGAUACGGUACAGAUUUUGGUAGGUGGUAGGACUGAGGAUAAGUCAGUUUCAUUAGCUACUUUAUCUGGAAAGCAAGAUUUGACAAUGAAGCCUUUGGUGACGGCUUCAAAUUUCAUGAUCAUCAAGUUCACCACUGAUGGAAGUGUGGAGCGAAAGGGUUUCCGAGCAACUUGGAAGACAGAGGCUAAGAAUUGUGGUGGCACUCUUCGUGCUACAGCUCAGGGACAGGUACUCACAUCUCCAGGAUACCCCAAACAGUAUCCCGGAGGGUUGGAGUGUUUGUACAUUAUCAAAGCCCAAGCUGGACGUAUUAUCUCGAUUGAAAUCCAAGACUUAGACAUUACUGCUGGACGAGAUUACAUGUUGAUUCGUGAUGGAGAUAGUCCGAUGAGCAGGCCAAUUGCAAGACUUUCGGGAAGUGGCAAAGACAACGAAAAGGUUGUCAUUUCAACUGGCAACAAGGUGUACUUGUAUUUCAAAUCAAGCCUAGGAGAUUCUGGCAAGGGUUUCAGCCUUAGAUAUACCCAAGGCUGCAAGGCAACAAUUACAGCAAGAAAUGGAACAGUUACUUCACCAGCCUACGGUCUCGAGGACUACCCAACAAAUCAGGAAUGUUUCUUUGUAAUUAGAAACAGUUUGGGGUCUCCGUUAUCUCUGAAGUUUGACAAGUUCAUGGUGCACAAAAGCGACUUUGUCCAGGUCUAUGAUGGAUCUUCAACAUCAGGACUAAGAUUACAUGCUGGAAAUGGAUUUACCGGAACGGCUGCUCCAAAGUUGACUCUGACGGCUUCGUCUGGAGAAAUGCUUAUUAAGUUUACUUCUGAUGCUUUACACAAUGCAGCUGGAUGGUCAGCAACAUUCUCAGCUGAUUGUCCAAACCUCAAGCCUGGAAUUGGAGCUUUGGCUUCAAGCCGGGAUACAGCUUUUGGAACUGUGGUCACUUUCACCUGUCCAAUUGGACAAGAAUUCGCUACGGGAAAGAAUAAGAUCGUUACGGAGUGCAUGAAGGGGGGCAACUGGAGUGUUGAAUAUAUUCCUAAAUGCCAAGAGGUUUACUGCGGUCCGGUACCACAAAUUGACAAUGGAUUUUCAAUCGGCUCUUCAAACGUAACGUACCGUGGGGUUGCCAUGUAUCAAUGUUAUGCUGGAUUCGCUUUUCCUUCAGGACAGCCUAUUGAGAAGAUCUCCUGUCUCCCUGAUGGACGUUGGGAGCGUAAGCCAACUUGCAUGGCUUCACAAUGUGCUCCACUGCCCGAAGUUGCACACGCCAAUGUUACCCUGCUUAAUGGAGGUGGUCGUAGUUACGGAACAAUUGUUCAAUUUGAAUGUGAAGCUGGAUACGAAAGAACUGGCUAUCCAGUUUUGAUUUGCAUGUCGAACGGAACAUGGAGUGGUGAUGUGCCCAAGUGCACGAGAAAACGCUGCCACAAAUUCCCAGAGAUCGAAAGUGGUUUUGUAGUCGAUGCUGCUCGUCCGUACUUCUUCGGUGACGAAGCUCGAGUUCAGUGCUUCAAAGGAUACAAGCUUAUCGGUCAAAACAUCAUACGUUGUAGUGCCAAUCAGGUAUUUGAGAAUGCACCAACUUGCGAGGACAUCAAUGAAUGCACAUCAACUCAAUGCGAUUUGUCUACAACUGAAUGCAUGAAUACCAAUGGAUCGUUCCAUUGUCAGUGCCGCAAGGGCUUCGCGCCAACAACUGAAUGUCGUCCGGUGGGAGACUUGGGCCUGGCUAAUGGUGGAAUACCUGACGAAAGCAUAAUGUCUUCGGAAAGUGAUGAUGGUUACACUAAAAGCAUGGUUCGUUUGAACUCAGCCGGUUGGUGUGGAAGCUCUGUGGAACCUGGAGCCAACUGGAUCAUGAUUGAUUUAAGGGCUCCAACUAUCUUGCGAGGAUUCAGGACCAUGUCGGUUCAGAGGUUCGAUGGAAAUGUUGCUUUCACAUCAGCAGUUCGUCUGCAGUACACCAAUAAUUUGACAGACAUCUUUAAGGACUACGCUAACCCCGAUGGAACAGCAGUGGAAUUCAGAAUUCUCGAGCCAACCUUGUCAAUUUUGAACCUACCUAUGCCGAUUGAAGCUCGUUACAUUCGCUUCAAGAUUCAGGACUAUGUGGGAGCGCCAUGUUUAAGAAUGGAAGCUAUGGGUUGCACUCGUUUGGAUUGUGUCGAUAUUAACGAAUGCACAAAAAAUAACGGUGGCUGUGACCAAAAAUGUAUAAACUCUCCCGGAUCGUUUGCUUGCUCUUGCAACAACGGUUUUCAACUCUACACUGCCAAUGGAACAGCUGGAUUCUUAGUUGAAAAGUCAGAGACUGGAGUACGCGAUGGUGACACCUAUCAGAAAGAUAAAACUUGUGUUCCAGUUAUGUGCCCACCAUUACAAGCUCCAGAAAAUGGAAAACUCCUUUCCGAUAAAAACGAACAUCACUUUGGGGACAUCGUCAAUUUUCAGUGUGAAUUUGGUUACAUUAUGUCUGGCAGUUCUUCACUGCUUUGUCUCUCCACUGGACAGUGGAACUCCUCUGUACCCGAAUGCAACUAUGCCAAAUGUGUUUCGCUUCCCGAUGACAAACUUGAGGGUCUUCAAGUUAUUCGACCUGAUCCAGAAAGUGUUCUGGUACCAUUUAGGGACAAUGUAACCGUUGCAUGCAACAGUCCAGGGCGUCGGUUAAGAGGAAGCGCAACUUCUGGCUUCAGGCAGUGCGUAUAUGAUCCUAAGCCCGGUCUUCCGGAUUACUGGCUUUCGGGAACUUCACCGUCAUGUCCACGAGUUGACUGUGGAAUGCCAAUGCCAACUCCUGGUGCUGAGUACGGUCAGUUUGUCGACACCCGUUAUCAAAGCUCUUUCUUCUUUGGCUGUCAAAACACUUUCAAGCUCGCUGGACAAACUUCGAAGCACGACAAUGUUGUACGUUGUCAAGGCAAUGGAAUAUGGGACUUUGGAGAUCUGAGGUGCGAAGGACCAGUGUGCGAAGACCCUGGUCGUCCAAGUGAUGGCUUACAAGUCGCAAGGAGCUAUGAACAAGGCUCUGAGGUAUUCUUUGGUUGUCAAAGACCUGGUUAUAUCCUCAUCAAUCCACGACCAAUCUCUUGCAUCCGUGAGCCAGAAUGUAAGGUUAUCAAGCCAUUGGGUUUGACCUCAGGUAAAAUUCCGGACUCAGCUAUAAACGCAACAUCUGAACGACCAAAUUAUGAAGCCAAGAACAUCCGUUUGAACUCAGUGACAGGUUGGUGUGGCAAGCAAGAAGCAUUCACUUAUGUCAGUGUAGAUUUAGGCGAUGUUUAUCGAGUAAAAGCCAUUCUAGUGAAAGGAGUAGUGACAAACGAUAUUGUGGGAAGGCCUACUGAAAUUCGAUUCUUCUAUAAACAAGCUGAGAACGAAAACUAUGUGGUUUACUUCCCCAACUUUAAUCUAACCAUGAGAGAUCCUGGCAACUUUGGUGAACUCGCCAUGAUCACUCUGCCCAAAUAUGUUCAAGCCAGGUUUGUUAUCUUGGGAAUUGUGAGUUAUAUGGAAAAUGCUUGCUUGAAGUUUGAGUUGAUGGGUUGUGAAGAACCGAAGAAGGAACCUCUACUAGGUUAUGACUAUGGUUAUAGCCCUUGCGUUGACAAUGAACCACCAAUUUUCCAGAACUGCCCGCAACAGCCAAUCAUUGUGAGGAGAGAUGAAAACGGAGGCAUCCUGCCUGUGAACUUUACUGAGCCCACAGCUGUGGACAAUUCGGGCUCAAUAGCCCGUUUGGAAGUUAAGCCACAGAAUUUUAAGACACCAUCGCACAUAUUCAAGGACACAGUCGUCAAAUACGUAGCUUUCGAUUACGAUGGAAAUGUGGCUAUUUGCGAGAUCAACAUCACCGUACCUGAUGUAACUCCACCACUGCUUUCAUGUCCUCAGAGCUAUGUGAUUGAGUUAGUUGACAAGCAGGAGAGUUACAACGUUAAUUUCAACGAUACACGGAAACGCAUUAAGACCUCUGACGAGUCGGGAGAAGUAACACUGACUUUCACUCCAGAAAGGGCUACGAUUCCUAUUCGAGGUUUUGAAAACGUUACCGUAGUGGCUACUGACAAAUUUAACAAUCGAGCCACCUGUCACUUCCAAGUGUCCGUACAGGCAUCGCCGUGUGUAGAUUGGGAGCUUCAGCCGCCAGAAAAUGGUGCCAUAAAUUGUCUGCCUGGAGAUCGAGGAGUGGAAUGUAUUGCAACGUGUAAGCCAGGUUUCCGCUUUACCGAUGGAGAUCCAUUGAAAACAUUCACUUGUGAAACUUCAAGGCUUUGGAAGCCAACAUCAGUGGUUCCUGAUUGUGUUUCUGAAAACACCGAACAAGCUGAUUAUCAAGUCACCGCAACUGUUACCUAUCGCGCAAAUGGAGCUGUAGCUCAAUCGUGCCUUGGACAAUAUCAAGACCUUUUGGCACAAUACUAUGGUGGUUUGAAUAACAUUCUUUCGCAGCGUUGCUCAGCAGUCAAUGUGAACAUGAACGUGUCUUUCAUCAGAUCGGUGCCAAGUCUUCUCGAGGAGAACGUCGUUAAAAUGGAUUUCAUUCUUUCGAUUCUUCCAGCAAUCCGUCAACCACAACUAUAUGAUCUUUGUGGGUCAACAUUGAAUCUUAUUUUCGAUCUGAGUGUUCCAUACGCAAGCGCUGUAAUUGAAUCCCUGUUGAAUGUCUCGAACAUAGGAAAUCAGUGUCCACCACUGAGGGCUUUAAAGAGCACAAUAACCCGAGGCUUUACCUGCAGUGUUGGAGAAGUCCUCAACAUGGAUACGAGUGAUGUCCCAAGAUGUUUGCACUGUCCUGCUGGAACCUACGUAGGUACAGGUCAAAGCAUUUGUACUUACUGCCCUCGUGGAUACUAUCAAAACCGUGAACGUCAGGGAACAUGCAUGCGCUGUCCCGCUGGCACUUACACUAAAGAAGAAGGCUCUAAGUCUCUAUCGGAUUGUGUGCCAGUUUGUGGAUAUGGAACUUAUUCACCAACUGGUUUGGUGCCAUGUUUAGAAUGUCCAAGAAAUUCAUUUACUAUAGAACCACCAAAUGGAGGAUUCAAGGACUGCCAAGCCUGUCCAACUGGAACAUUCACCUUCCAACCAGCUGCAUCCAGAAAAGACUUCUGCCGAGCCAAGUGUGGUCCCGGGUUCUACUCUUCUACCGGUUUGGCGCCUUGUUCACCAUGUCCUAUGAAUUAUUACCAAGGAAUUCCUGGAUCCCAAACUUGCAACGAAUGCCCAACCAAUAUGCGAACAGAUGGUAUCAGCUCGAAGGGCCGUGAGGAGUGUAAGUCGAUUGUGUGCGGAGAAGGAGCUUGUCAACAUGGUGGACUCUGUGUGCCGAUGGGACAUGGUAUUCAAUGUUUCUGUCCAGCUGGAUUCUCCGGACGUCGCUGUGAAGUUGACAUCGAUGAGUGUGCGUCACAGCCAUGUUACAACGGAGGUACCUGCACAGAUCUGCCCCAAGGAUACAGGUGCGAGUGUCAACCAGGUUACUCGGGCAUCAAUUGCCAGGAAGAAGUAAGCGACUGCCGAAAUGACACCUGUCCUGCAAGAGCCAUGUGCAAGAACGAACCUGGCUAUAAGAACUACACCUGUCUGUGCCGCAGUGGAUACACUGGCACUGACUGUGACAUCACUAUCGAUCCCUGCACUGCCAACGGCAAUCCUUGCAGCAAUGGUGCCAGCUGUCAAGCUCUACAACAAGGGCGUUACAAAUGCGAUUGUCUGCCAGGUUGGGAAGGAGUCCACUGUCAAGUGAACAUCGAUGACUGUGCUGAGAAUCCUUGCCUGCUUGGAGCUAAUUGUACAGAUUUAGUAAACGACUUCAGCUGUUCUUGCUCACCAGGCUUUACUGGUAAGCGCUGUGAAGAAAAAAUAGACCUCUGCCUAUCGGAACCUUGCAAACACGGAACCUGCGUCGAUAGACUCUUCGAUCACGAGUGUGUUUGUCAUCCUGGAUGGACUGGUCCAUCCUGUGAAAUUAACAUAAACGAUUGCGAGGACAAUCCUUGCAAAAACGAUGGAACGUGUGUGGAUCUGAUCGAUGGAUACACUUGUACCUGUGAGCCAGGCUAUACCGGAAAAGAUUGCCAACAUCCAAUCGAUGACUGUGAAUCGAACCCUUGCCAAAAUGGAGCGACGUGCAUGGACCAGCUUGAUGGAUUCCUUUGCAAGUGCCGUCCUGGCUACGUUGGGCUAUCAUGUGAAGCAGAGAUCGACGAAUGUCUCUCGGAUCCUUGUAACCCAGUUGGUACCGAGCGUUGCUUGGACUUGGACAACAAGUUUGAGUGCGUGUGCCGUGAAGGUUUCACCGGAUCUCUAUGCGAAACCGACAUUGAUGACUGUGAAACAAAUCCUUGUAUGAAUGGAGGAAACUGUCGUGACAGAAUUGGAGGAUUUGACUGUAUUUGCUCGCAAGGCUGGACUGGUGUUCGAUGCGACUCUCAAGUAACAACGUGCAAUGUCCAGAAGCCAUGUCAGAAUGAUGCCAAGUGCAUCGAUCUCUUCGAAGAUUACUUCUGCUCGUGUCCCAGUGGAACUGAUGGCAAGAAUUGUGAAACAGCUCCAGAACGUUGCAUUGGAAAUCCAUGUAUGCAUGGCGGUAAAUGCCAGGACUUUGGAUCUGGAUUGAAUUGCUCAUGUCCAGAUGAUUACUCAGGAAUUGGCUGUCAAUAUGAAUUCGAUGCCUGUGAUGCAAAUGUCUGCCAGAAUGGAGCCACCUGUGUGGAUAAUGGAACUGGCUACACUUGCAAGUGCCCCAAGGGAUACAAGGGAAAGAACUGUGAAGAGGAUAUCGUUGAUUGCAAGGAUAACUCUUGCCCACCAGGAGCUUCUUGCAUCGAUUUAGUCAAUGGAUUCUUCUGUCAAUGUCCCUUCAACAUGACUGGCGAUGAUUGUAGAAAGGUGAUUCAAGUGGAUUACGAUUUGUAUUUCAGCGAUGCAACUCGAUCAACUGCUGCUCAAGUUGUACCUUUCUACACAAGUGAAUCUCCAUCCCUGACAAUCGCCAUGUGGGUGCAAUUCGCUCAGAAAGAUGAUUCUGGAAUAUUCUUCACCCUCUAUGGAGUUGAGUCAGCUCAUGUAGCCAAUAACCGUCGACUUUUAAUCCAGGCUCACUCUAGUGGAGUUCAAGUUUCCCUCUUCCCUGACAUCCAAGAUGCUUUCCUUUCAUUCCGAGAAUAUACAACCGUCAAUGAUGGCCAAUGGCAUCACAUUGCCAUCCUUUGGGACGGAACAACCGGACAGCUGCAACUCAUCACCGAAGGCUUGAUCGCCAGCAAGACGGAAUAUGCUGGAGGUCGAACUAUGCCCAAAUUUGCCUGGGCUGUGCUGGGACGUCCUCAGCCAGACGAAGUCAAUUCAGCUACCUAUGCAGAAGCAGGCUUCCAAGGUAAAAUAACAAAGGCACAGAUAUGGGGACGAGCCCUUGAUGUCACAUCAGAGAUCCAGAAACAGGUUCGAGAUUGCCGCAGCGAACCUGUGCUCUAUGAAGGUUUAAUAUUGAACUGGGCUGGAUAUGAGGUUGUUUCGGGAGGAGUUGAAAGAUCCGUGCCAUCUGUGUGUGGACAGAGGAAGUGUGCAAAUGGAUAUACCGGUGCUAAUUGCCAGCAGUUAGAAGUUGACAAGGAACCACCACGUGUCGAACAUUGUCCUGGUGAUUUAUGGGUUAUUGCUAAGAACGGAUCGGCAGUAGUGACAUGGGAUGAACCACAUUUCAGUGAUAAUAUUGGCGUAGUGAAAAUAAUGGAACGCAAUGGUCAUCGACCUGGAACAACUUUGCUGUGGGGAUCUUAUGAUAUUACUUAUGUGGCAUCUGAUGCUGCUGGAAAUAGUGCUUCGUGCAGCUUCAAGGUGUCUCUUUUGUCUGAGUUCUGCCCACCUUUGGCUGAUCCAGUUGGGGGCACUCAAGUGUGCAAAGAUUGGGGUGCUGGAGGACAAUUUAAGGUAUGUGAAAUCGCCUGUCAUCCAGGACUUCGAUUUUCUGAGCUGGUUCCAGAAUUUUACACUUGUGGUGCCGAAGGUUUCUGGCGCCCGACUCGAGAACCUGCAACGCCGCUUAUUUAUCCAUCAUGCUCUCCCGCUAAGCCUGCCCAAAGAGUGUUCAGAAUCAAGAUGCUCUUCCCAUCAGACGUGCUCUGCAACAAAGCUGGACAAGGAGUUCUUCGUCAAAAGGUUUCCAACUCUGUGAAUGCUUUGAAUCGCGAUUGGAACUUCUGCUCCUACUCAGUCGAGGGAUCAAGGGAAUGUAAGGAUCUCAAGAUCGAUGUCAAGUGUGAUCACUACCGUGGCGGACAAGGAAAUCGUGCUCGUCGUGCUAUAGAAAACGAAGAAGGUAGCACUUAUCUUCUGGAUGCAUCUAUUCCAGUUGAAAAAGAUUCUGCCGAUGAGGAAGAAUUACGAGGACGUCAAGGUAGACAGCAAGCCGGUGAUACUUAUACCUUGGAGAUUGCAUUCCCAGCAGUCAACGAUCCAGUGCUUCACUCUUCAACGGGAGAACGUUCUGAUGUGAAGUCCUUGCUGCAAAAACUUAUUCUGGAAGAUGACCAGUUUGCCGUUCACGAUAUUUUACCAAACACCGUUCCCGAUCCAGGUUCGCUAGAUUUAACUUCGGAGUAUGCAUGCCCGGUGGGACAAGUUGUGAUGGUUCCAGACUGUGUACCAUGUGCAAUUGGUACUUACUAUGACAGCUCGAAUAAGACUUGUGUCGCUUGUGCUCGGGGAACUUAUCAAUCCGAGGCCGGACAACUUCAAUGCUCAAAGUGUCCAACGAUAGCGGGACGCCCCGGUGUGACAUCAGGACCCGGAGCUCGAUCGGCUGGUGACUGCAAGGAACGUUGUCCAGCUGGCAAGUUCCUAGACUCUGAGACUGGCCUCUGCCGGCCAUGUGGUCAUGGUUUCUAUCAACCGAAUGAAGGCUCGUUCGGAUGUGAACUCUGCGGUCUGGGACAAACUACCCGCUCUGGAGAAGCCACCUCUCGAAAGGAAUGCCGUGAUGAAUGCAGCUCCGGUCAACAGCUCGGAAUCGACGGUCAGUGUGAACCUUGUCCAAGGGGAACUUACCGAUUGCAAGGCGUUCAGCCCUCUUGUCAAUCUUGUCCUCUGGGCAGAACAACUCCUAAGGUUGGUUCAUCUUCCGUCGAGGAAUGUACGAUCCCAGUUUGCGCACCUGGAACCUACCUCAACGGCACCAUGAACAUGUGCGUCGAAUGUAGCAAGAGCUUCUACCAACCCGAAUCCCAACAAACCUCCUGCAUCCAAUGUCCACCAAAUCACAGUACCACAAAAACCGGAGCUACCAGCAAAUCCGAAUGCACCAAUCCCUGCGAACACAUUGCCGAGGGUAAACCCCAUUGCGAUCCGAAUGCCUACUGUAUUCUUGUUGCCGAAAUUUUCGACUUCAAGUGCGAAUGCAAGCCCGGUUUUAAUGGCACUGGUAUGGAAUGUACCGACGUUUGUGACAAUUACUGCGAAAACUCUGGCACUUGUGUCAAAGAUCUCAAAGGAACACCAUCCUGCCGAUGUGUGGGCUCAUUCACUGGGCCACAUUGUGCCGAACGUUCUGAGUUCGCUUACAUCGCUGGCGGUAUUGCUGGCGCUGUCAUCUUUAUCAUUGUGAUAGUCCUGCUAAUAUGGAUGAUCUGUGUGAGAUCUACCAAACGGCGGGAUCCAAAGAAAAUGCUUACACCUGCCAUUGAUCAAACCGGAUCACAGGUGAACUUCUAUUAUGGUGCCCAUACCCCUUACGCUGAGUCAAUAGCGCCCUCACAUCAUAGUACGUAUGCGCAUUAUUAUGAUGACGAGGAGGAUGGCUGGGAAAUGCCUAACUUUUACAAUGAAACAUACAUGAAGGAUGGUCUUCAUGGAGGUAAAAUGAGUACAUUGGCGAGGUCAAAUGCUUCGCUUUAUGGAACUAAAGAAGACUUAUACGAUCGACUGAAACGGCACGCUUACACGGGAAAGAAGGAGAAGAGUGACAGUGAUAGCGAAGUCCAAUAAAAAUACAAAAAAUUAAAUUGUAAACAUUUAACACACAUUUUUCAUGGUCAUACAUAAAAAGAGAAAAAACAAAACAAAAAUAAAGCAAAAGCUUUACGAAUUGAAAAAUAAAAAAGAAAACUAGAAUGAAAAAACACAUACACAAAAAAGUCAAACGAGCUAAAUACGACAAAUGGUUAAAUAUAUUCAAAAACAAAAAUAUCUUUCCAAAAGUCUGGUCAUAAGUUUAAAAAUAUAAAAAGUUAAAUUUUAAAACCCCAAUCACGAAAAAUCACUGCCUUUAGUUAAAUAAAAAUAAAUACUCAGUUGCAUAAAAUAAUUUAUUUAUCACCAAAGUUUUGAUUCUUUUCCUUAAAUCACUAAACUAAAUUACAUAAAACGAAUAAAACAACCUAAACCCUCUUUCUUUGAAAAGAACCUAAAAAGUCUAGCUCUGCACUUCCCAUUGAAUGUGUGAAAUUAAAACCUUGUACAUUUUAUAAAUAAAUAAUAUUAUUAUUUUAUUUUAACUUUUUGACAAAAUUAAAGUUCUUUUUUAUAUAAUUUAAAAUAAUUUCCACACUUAAUGAGAAGUGCUUGAAUGUUUUUUUGUUUAUAAAUUCAUUUUUCUAGAUUAAACAAAGUGUAAACAUUUUUAUAUUUAUGUAAACAUAACAACAACAAAAACAAGAAAUGAGAUUCUAUAUUAUUAUACUUUACAAUACAUUUAUACAUAAAUAAACUUAAAUUAAAGAAACAAUAUCAACGAAUAAAAUUAUGAAAAAAAAACAAAUAUUAACGAAUCCAUUCCUUUAUUCUAGUUAGAAAUUUAUUUAGUCUGCAAUUUAAGCCUGAUUUUUAAGGCGUGAUUUUGUUUUAUAUAACUUUUGUUGCUUGUGAUUUUAAAAUUUGCAAGAAAAUCACAACAUUAAAAUUUAUUAAUAUAUAUAAAUUAAAAAAAAGAAAAAGAAAACAAAAAAACAACGAGAACCCAUUAUGCAAUAGUUUUAUAACUUUAAAAAAUAAAAAUUAUAUUUUAUAAAAUGAUGAAUAUAUAUAAUAUAAAGUUUUAUUAUUUUUUAUAUGAUAUGUAUUUAAUAUUUUUUUAAAUAUACAUAAUAUUAUAAUAGUCGUUAUUAUUUUUAUUAUUUUUUUUUGUAAAAUAAAA